CACACUACCAUCCAGUCUUACUUCUCGCGUAGGGUUCCUGUCAUAUACUAUCGCCAUGACUUUAUCCGGACAGGUUGUGGUCGUUGCUGGUGCAUCCAAGGGCAUUGGCAGAGCCAUUGUCCUCCGCGCCGCCGCAGCGGGGGCUAGUGUGGUCAUAAACUACAUGUCCGACGUCAAGGGUGCUAACUCCCUGGUUGCGCAAGUCGGUAGCGAUCGUGCCUUUGCCGUGCGGGCGGAUAUUUCCAAGAUCGCAGAGAUUGAUGAACUCAUAAAAGCGACGGUGGCUCGUUUCGGGAGGAUCGAUGUCCUUAUCCCCAAUGCGGCCUAUGUGCCCAGUAGCGACCUGCGAAAUGUCACGGAGGAGGAAUUUGAACUAGCCUUUGCUGUCAAUGUCAAAGGGCCUUGUUUCCUGGCGAAGAAAGCCUUGCCUUACAUGCAACCAGGCAGUAAUAUAAUCUUUAUCUCGACCGAUCUUACCGACGCGUCUUCUGUGCCCGCACAUUUCCUUCUUUACACAUCGACCAAGGCAGCUAUGAACCAGAUGGUCAAGGUCCUAGCGCGGGACCUUGCGCAUAUGGGAAUCCGUGUCAAUGCCAUUUCCCCAGGCGCAACGAGCACGGAAUCUUUCCACCGAGCCCAGGACGAUACUGGGGCACAGAUGAUUGCGAGUCAUAACCCGUUCAACCGGAUUGGGGAGCCGGAUGAAAUUGCUGCGGCGGUUAGUUUGCUGUGGGGAAAAGAUAGCGUUUGGAUCUCAGGCCAAGUUUUGAGAGCGAACGGGGCUAGCAGCUGGAGAUAA